AGACACUGGAUAUGGCGACUCCGGCAGAAAUAGAAACAACGACCGAGAUAAAGAGCGGCUAUCUCGUGAAGCAGGGUGCGUGCUUCACUAACUGCUAUAUAUGCACCAUUGUGCAACAAGUCCAAAUUUACUUUGCAGGCGGAAAAUAUCGCAAUUGGAAGAAACGAUACUUUGUUCUGUCGGGUACAACGGUGCAGUACUAUGUGAAUAAAGGAGACGCGGUUGCAAAGGGGCAAAUCGACCUGUCUGCUGGUCGAGGCGUCCGCAAGCGACACCAAUGCUCGCUGGAGUGGCCCAAAGACGCCAAAAACGGUCUAUGUUUCGGCCUUUCUACAGAGGGGAGAACGUACUAUUUGUGCGGCACGGACAAGAGCGACAUUGCAGACUGGAUGGAAAAGUUGCAAAAAGAGAUCCAAAAGGUAGGAAAGCCAACAGAUGACUGGAAGAACGAUCCGGAAGGAAUUCCAGAAGGGGCUGUAUCUAAAGCAGUGAGAGGAGCAACAAAACUUGCCACUCAACUGAGUAAAAAGGUGAUAAAGGACACGGGAGUAGUGGACGAGCAGACAGCUGGUGCGAUUAGCUCUGCGGCUGAUGCAGUAGAGAACCAGGCAGAGGCUGGGAGAGAUGCCACAAUCACCGACAGGCUCAAGAUGGCAGCUGGAGACACAGCAGGGAUAGUAGGAGAUAACGUGGACAAUGAGAUUGUCAAGACAGCAGCAAACGUGGCUCAAGAACAGGCAGAAGCUGACGAAGAUACCAGUCUCCAGCAGAGACUACUGAUGGGAGCCGGCACUACUUUGGAGGGAGCCAGCGAAAUGACAGACAACGAAAUUGCAUCUGGUGUGCUAACAACAGCAGGGGGUGUGGCCAAGGACCAAGCCGAAGCGGACGAGGAUAUGUCUGUCAAGCAGAGAUUGGUGCUGGCUGGAGGCAGUGCACUCUCUGGAGCCUCUGAAAUGGUUGACAAUGAGGCUGUAGCAGGUGCUAUGGAAGUGGGAGGUGGUGUAUUGUCAGAUCAGGUAGAAGCAGAUGAAGACACUAGCCUCAAGAACAGAGCUCUCAUUGCCAUAGGGAGUACAGCAGAGGGAGUCGCAGAUUUAGAGCAGUUCAAGCAUGAUUCCGGUGUCCAGAAGACUGCUGGGGGAGUCUCAAAGAUUGCAGAAUCACUGCAGGAUGACGGGAAUAAGUCUCGUUCCAUUAGCAGUUCUAGUAGUAGUUCUAGUAGUAGCGAAGACGAAAAAUAAUGUGCUAUUGCCCAGUGAAAAUCGCUUGCGCAUGCGCAAUAAGGGUUUGCCUCGAAUGGCAUGAUGGAGGGAGGUGUUGGUGGAGAUAGUCACGGCUCGGCUAGGAGGCUUUCUGUACUGCGCGGUCAUCUGAGCGCCGGAGCAAGGACAGUUGCAGCUGUCCAGGCCUCGGGGACGAGCAGCUCUUACAGCGCGCCCGUGUCCAGUAGCAAGGACGAGAGGCAGCGAGCUUACCCUCGAAAGAGGCAGAGUGUGGUGAAGUGGAACGGAUGGGGCUACAGAGACUCGUAUUUCUUCUUCAACCCCAGCGGACAAGCCGAGUUCAACGGACGGAGGUAUGAACUAGGCGGGAAAGAGAUGCCUCUCGCUCGAAUGUGGAUGGAGCAUAAAGUCGGUCUCGAGAUUUCCCUCACCUCAUUCUCGCAGCCGCACCCGGGUGUGGACGAGAUCCCUCCGCCUCUCCGUUGCCCGGCAUUUGUCGAGGAGAUCCGACACAGCUGUGUCGCAAUAUCUGACGAAGGUCCAGAUAGGCUUCUCCGGGGACAUGGUCACACGUGUCAUGAACUCUUUGCUCUAAGGACGGGGAAGAUCGGUCGGAUCCCUGAUCUGGUCGUGUGGCCCGGUACUCAUGAUCACGUGGUGAAGAUUGUCGAUGCUGCAACAAGACACAACAUAUGCCUCAUUCCCUAUGGAGGUGGCACCAAUGUGUCUGGAGCGCUGGAGUGCCCUGCGGAGGAGAAGAGGGUGAUAGUCUCCGUGGACACCAGUGAGAUGGACAAGAUACUGUGGGUGGAUGAGGAGAACCUAACAGCCCACGUCCAGUGCGGCGUCGUCGGGCAGGACCUUGAGAGAAUGCUGGCAGAACGAGGCUACACCUGCGGCCAUGAGACCUGAUUCCCUGGAGUUCAGUUCAGUCGGAGGUUGGGUGGCCACGCGAAGUUCCGGUAUGAAGAAGAACGUCUACGGAAACAUCGAGGACAUUGUGAUCUGUGUGAGAAUGGUGACACCUCGGGGAGUGGUGGAGAGGGGAUACUUGGGACCUCGUAACUCUAUUGGUCCAGAUAUCCAACACUUCAUUCUGGGCUCCGAAGGGAUAUUGGGAUUCAUUACCGAGGUAACGAUAAGGAUCCGCCCCCUCCCGGAGGUCCGUCGCUAUGGUUCCGUCGUCUUCCACACAUUCGAGCUUGGAGUUCAGUAUAUGAGGGAGGUCGCUAGACAGCGCUGUGCCCCAGCCUCGAUCAGGUUGAUGGAUAACGAGCAGUUUCAGCUAGGUCAGGUGAUGAAGCCAGCUCCCUCGAUGUUUGGCUCCUUCACUAACUCACUAAAGAAACUCUACGUCACCAAGUUCAAAGGGUUCGAUGUGGAUAAGAUGGCAGCAUGCACACUGCUCAUGGAGGGCACGGCUGAGGAGGUUGCUAUUCAAGAGCGGAUUCUCUACGACAUUGCAUCAAAAUUUGGUGGACUGGCCGGAGGGGAGGAGAAUGGUCGCCGUGGUUACCGGAUGACUUUUGCCAUAGCUUACGUCAGGGAUCUGGGGUUUGAUUAUUGCUAUCUUUCAGAGUCGUUUGAAACUUCAGCUCCUUGGAGCAGAGUGCUAGAGUUGUGUAGAAAUGUGAAGGACAGGGUCUUUCGGGAAUGUGAGAAACAAGGGGUGAAUGUCACCAAAUACCCACCACUCAUUAGUUCCAGGUACGUUUUUCUUCUCCCAAACAACUGUUCUUUUGUAGUUGGAGUGUGAAG